ACAAGAACCACGGGACAAAGGAUUAUGAUAAUUUCCUCGACUGGUUAUUCGCACAAGUGCUUAUUGUUACUUCAGCUGCUCAAGGGUUGAAUGUGCCCUACCAAUUCGUUAUCUAGGGACGCGCCUGCCCGCCUUAAGAGAACUCUCAAACCCCUCCAGCGGGGAUUAGAGCUGCAGGAGCAGGGAUGAUCGAGGUGAGUUUGGGGGCCGUGAUUCGCCCAAUGGCGCAAUUAGCUUUCUAGUUGGGCUAAACCUCUUGAAAAUCCAUAAUCCUUGGAGCACAUGGGGUAUGGGGGGAGUGCCGGGGGAAGGCGCCAGAGAGAGAGAAAGUGAGACGGGAAAGAAGAAAAAAAAAACAGAACCUUAAGAAGUAGGCUUGAGUACUUUCGUACCUAGCUACCUAAAUCCCGAUCUCUUCUUCAUUUCUUCCGUCUUGUCUAACGUUGAGCUUUUACUCCUAAUAAUCCCUUUGUCCUCUUACCCCAAAUAUACUUUUAUCAAUGUGUUAAAAACGCUGUCGACACCUUGGGGUUUCGAUUUCACAUUCGUCGUCUACGCCCCAAACAGAUCAACGUAGACCACUAUGGCGGACCCUCUAUCUACCACCGUCUCAACCGCCUCUACAGUAGUGCAAGAGGGAGAUGUCGAAUUGGGAGGAGCCAAGACGCGAGUGCUUGACAGUUCGUUGAGCUUCCCCUCGUCGCCACAUAUUACGAUCCAGCAAGAUGUCGAUGCGCCAGAGCGACCAUCGCUUGCCCCUCACCUAUCUGCGCCGCCUACCGUACCGAAUUUCCCAAGUCCCAUGAGGCAUCAUAGAAGGACGCCAUCGCAACAUCGCGAAGUCAAGGAAACUCUCAAUGCCAAGACCGAAUAUACCAACGACGAGACAGAUGGAAGGUCGCAACAGGCCAUUAAUCAAUAUACUAUCAGAGAGGAAAUCGGGAGAGGGUCAUACGGCGCUGUACAUCUUGCUACAGACCAAUUCGGUACCGAAUAUGCCAUCAAAGAGUUCUCCAAAUUGCGCCUCCGUAAACGAGCCCAGUCGAAUAUAUUAAGAAGGCCCGAAGGAGGUAGACCGCGACUGGGACCUGGCCGAAGCCUAUGGAGCGCCCAUAAGAAACAACUCAGUCAUCAUGAAAUUGCAGAAGCCAAAGAUGCUCUAUAUUUAAUACGGGAGGAGAUUGCCAUCAUGAAAAAGCUCAACCACCCCAACUUAGUACAACUAAUCGAAGUGCUGGAUGACCCCGAGAACGACUCCUUAUACAUGGUUCUAGAGAUGUGUAAGAAGGGAGUCGUCAUGAAAGUCGGUCUAGAUGAGCAAGCGGACCCUUACGACGACGAGCAAUGUCGCCUAUGGUUUCGUGAUCUUAUUCUAGGCAUAGAGUAUCUACAUUCUCAAGGAGUUGUUCAUCGAGAUAUCAAGCCAGACAAUCUCCUACUUACAGAAGACGAUGUGCUCAAAAUUGUCGAUUUCGGAGUAUCCGAGAUGUUUGAGAAGCCAGAACAUAUGAUGACCAGCAAAUCUGCUGGUUCACCUGCCUUCUUGCCGCCCGAGCUGUGUCAAGUCAAACACGGUGACGUAUCAGGCAAAGCAGCAGACGUAUGGUCCAUGGGAGUUUCCCUAUAUUGUCUCAAAUAUGGAAAGCUACCCUUCAAGCGGGACAACGUGCUAGAUAUGUUAGAGGCGAUCCGAACCGAGGACUUACAAAUACCCUCCGAAAACGAGGAUCCGAAUUUCGUAAAUCUCAUCACCAGGAUCCUAGACAAAAAUCCAGAGACAAGGUUAACUCUUCGAGAGAUAAGAAAUCAUCCCUGGGUUACGAAAGGAGGUACAGAUCCCCUGCUUUCGGAAGAGGAGAACUGUUCAGAUGAGGUAGAAAUGCCGAAUGCUCUAGAAGUUAACCACGCAUUCACAAGGAAAAUGGACCACCUGGCCUGUGUGUUGAAAGCGAUCCAUCGGUUUAAGAGCCUCACUUCUAGGAGUAGAUUCUCAACGCCCGAGAUUAGGACGCCUCAGACACCACAUCCGCCAGAACUAGCAGAAAAGGAGGCAGUACCAGAAGUCACAGAGACUUCCACACUAUCCACGGCUUCAACGGACGUUCCCGAGACUCCUCCACAGCCGACGCGACAGAAAUCGAUUGCGGAAGAAGCGGCGGAGCUCAUCAAGCAACGCAGAGCUUUCCUUGCAGCACAGAAGCACGCUGCAACCCAUCCGCCGAUGCCGCUCGGAGAGGGUGAGAAGGGCCACGCCCAUGACCUAACGGAUAAGGCACCGCUCUUCCUAGGUAUUGGCACCGGCGGACACGAUGACUUCACUAGUUCUGAGCCUCCAACUGAUGUUGUAUCUGAUUCACCUACCGGGAUCGACUUCGACGUGUACGAUCGUGCCUUCGAGACGGAAAUCAAACGCAUCCGCUCCGAUAGGAAGAAAGGCCGCGCCAGGACCUAUCUUACGAGGCUUGUAGGGGAGCAGGAAAUGGACAAAUACGCCGGUGAUGAUUGCAUGGUUCUCGAGGCCGGAAAGACGCUAGUAUCCAACGCGUAUGCGCACGGCUCGUCAGCCGUGGGAAGAGGAUUGAACCAUUUUCACGAGGCAACGGAACGUCUGCAUCAAGGCAACAACGGCGUGGAGGGGGAGGAGCGUAGAAGCCCAAGUAGCGUCUCGGAGGCGGUCGAAGCAGCGAAAGAGAAGGGACACAAGUUCGCGAACUUAGUAACGACCAUGAUGAAGGACCCUAAGGAGAAGAAUACGAACUAAAGAUAACGCUUAGUGAGCAUUCCGAGGUCUCCGGUAUGAAGAGGGUGUCUGGUUCCAAAUGAUCGUGAUGUGGCGCGUCACAUCAUGACGCGAAAAUUCCCGCGGGAUGUUCGGACAACAAAAGUGAAAGGUGACGGAAAUGCGAUUCCCAAACUCUCCAGCAAGCGGGCGUUCGGGCUCUAGGACGGCAAGGUAGGAAAA